GGCUGGACCAGGCCGAGGCCUGGGGGACCCCCUCCGACCAAGUUGAGCAAAGAAUCCCAAGGCAAGCCAGGAUUCAGCAGAGAUUGAAGACCAAGCCCCUGAUGACAGAUCUGGUUGUGAAAUCUACCAUCAUCUCUCGUUAUGCCUUCACCGCCGUCUCCUGCACCAUGCUGAACCGGGCCUCAGAGGACAAGGAAGUAGAAUUUCAGAUGCAGAUUCCGGCAGCGGCCUUCAUUACCAACUUCACCACCAUCAUUGGCGACAGGGUGUAUCAGGGGAAAGUUGUAGAAAAAGAAAAGAAGUCCGGCAACAGGGAGAAAGAGAGGAGCAAUAAAACUUCUACUUCUGACGGUGGUGGGGAGAGAGGUGUUGAGACUUUCCGAGCCUCUGGAAUGAUUCCUGGGAAGAACAAAGCUGUCUUCCUCCUCCAUUAUGAAGAGCUCUUGCAGAGACGCCUGGGGAAGUACGAGCAUGCUGUCAGUGUCCGGCCUCAGCAGCUGGUUGGGAGGCUGCGGGUCGAGGUGAAUGUUCUGGAGAAGGCCGGGCUCCGGUCUCUGGAGGUGCCGCCCCUCCACAAUGGCCGCAAGAAGAGUAACGAGAAAGAGGGUGAUGACAUGGUCCCACCUCCUUCUACUGUUAUCAACCGAAAUGAAACUUUUGCCAGAAUCACUUUCAAUCCCAGUGUGGUCCAGCAAACUAAGAUUUCUCAGAAUGGCAUUCUGGGAGAUUUCAUCAUCCGAUACGAUGUCAACAGGGAGCAGAGUAUUGGAGACAUUCAGGUCCUGAAUGGCUACUUCGUCCACUACUUUGCCCCCAAGGACCUCCCUCCCCUGCCUAAGAACGUGGUAUUUGUGCUGGACAGCAGUGCCUCCAUGGUGGGAGCCAAACUCAAGCAGACCAAAGAAGCCCUCUUCACCAUCCUCCAUGACCUGCGGCCUGAGGACAACUUCAACAUCGUUGGGUUUUCCAGCCGAAUCAAAGUGUGGAAGGACCGACUGGUGCCCGUCACACGCAACAGCAUCAGGGAUGGCAAAGUCUACAUCCACCAUAUGUCCCCCAGUGGAGGCACCAACAUCAACGGGGCCCUCCAGACAGGAAUCCGAUUGCUCAAUGACUUCGUGGCCCACAAUGACAUCGACGCCCGGAGCGUGUCCCUGAUUGUCUUUCUGACAGACGGGAGGCCCACCGUGGGGGAGAUCCAGACCCCCAAGAUCCUCAAUAACACCAAGGAGGCCACCCGGGACCGAGUGUGCCUCUUCACCAUCGGCAUCGGUGACGAUGUGGACUUCAAGCUGCUGGAAAAGCUAUCCCUGGAGAACUGUGGCAUGACCAGGAGGGUUCAGGUGGAGGCCGACGCAGCAGCCCAGCUGAAAGGGUUCUACGAUGAGAUUGGGACCCCAUUGCUGUCAGAUAUCCGGGUGGAUUAUCCCGCCAGCUCAGUGGAACAUGUCACCAAGAAGCUGUUCCCCAACUACUUCAAUGGGUCAGAAAUCGUAAUUGCCGGGAAGCUGGUCGACCCCACCCUGAACACCUUGCAUGUGGAGGUCACAGCCAGCAACAGCAAGAAGUUCGUCGUGCUGACGACGGAUGUGGCUGUGGGGGCCCCGAGGGGGAAUGAGGUUUCUGGGGCGGCGCCCCGCGCCGAGGCCGAGGGUGGCGAGGACCCGAACUACGUCGAGAGGCUCUGGAGUUACCUCACCAUCAAGGAGCUGCUGACGGCCUGGCUGAAGAGCGACAACGAGCAGGAGAGGGCCGAUUUGAUGGAGCGGGCCCGGGCCCUCGCAGUGACUUACCAUUUCCUCACCCCGGUCACCACCAUGAAAGUCAGGGAGACGCCGGCUCAGGCUGGGAAGCCUAAGGAGGCUGGCGGUGGUGGCGAUGCCGCGGCGACGGGCCCCGGAGAUGUGAUGCAGAGCUUACACGGGCAGGACGUGCGACCGGGCCCUGUCCUCAAGGAAAAAGGAGGCCCAAGGAUUCACAUUUCCAAAACUUCAGCGGACGGAGACCCUCAUUUUGUAGUGGAUUUCCCCCUGAGCAAGCUGACGGUCUGCUUUAACAUCGACGGGCAGCCGGGAGACAUCCUUAGGCUCGUCUCCGACCACCUGGGCUCCGGUGUGACCGUGAACGGGGAGCUGAUCGGAGCCCCAGCCCCUCCGGGGGGCCACAAGAAGCAGCGCACCUAUUUCAGCACCAUCACCAUCCUCAUCAACAGACCGCGGAGGUGGUACCUGGAAGUCACCCCCAGCAGGGUCGUCUUGGACGGCGGGGACCGGCUGGUCCUCCUUUGUAACCAGAGCGUGGCCGUGGGCGGCUGGGGGCUGGCGGUGUCUGUCUCUGCCAACGCCAACGUCACGGUGACCAUCCAAGACACCAUCACCUUCGUCAUCCUCCUCCACCAUUACAAGAACCCUGCCCCCUACCAAAGGAACCACCUCGGCUUCUACAUCUCUGACAGCCACGGGCUCUCGGCCGGCUGCCACGGGCUUCUAGGUCAGUUCCUGAACCAAGAUGCGAAACUUAUCCAGGCACAGCCCCCCGACCCCGCCAGCCCGCAGGGUGGCCCAGGCUCCGAGCCCAUCCUCCAGGUGAACGGCCACAGGGUCCCAGUGGUGUGGAAGCAGAGGAAGAUCUACAACGGAGAGGAACAGGUCGACUGCUGGUUUGCCAAGAACAAUGCGGCCAAGCUGAUUGAUGGGGAGUAUAAGGACUACCUGGCAGUCCAGCCCUUCGACACCAAGACCAGCUUUGGGGAUGGGGCAGCCGACAACAACCUUUGAGAUGUGCAGCCUGGGGGGAAAACAGUGGCGGCUCCCCGAUCCGGUCCUGGCACCCAAUUCCUGAUCUGCCCAGGCCCUCUGGGGGCUAGAGGAUGGAAGACUGGUGGUGUUCCAUCCAGAGGAACUGGCUCCUGCUGUAGUACCUCGUUAUAAACAAAUUACUCUGUUUCCACUGAAAAAAUCAUUUAAGAGAAUGGAUCUGGCCUAAGGAGGGAUGCCCAUCCUAGCCUCCACCCACCUCAAAGCUGCUCAAAUGGGCUGGGCUAUUCCCCAUUUGUCCCCCAAGAAGGCCCACGUGCAGAUCCACAGUAGAAUGGGCAAAACCUGCUGCCUCUAGAUUGAGGCUUGUGCAAAACCCUGGGCCACUGUCAGUCGGUCAUAUUUAUUGAGUGCUUACUAUGUACAGAGCAUUGUACUAAGCGCUAGGGAGAAUACACUAUAACAAGCUCCCACCCCGAGGGCCACUGCGGAGGGCUGUAAAUUGCUCUGAAGUGGGGGAAUCGCCUUCUAGCAGCAGGUGGCCAAAGGGUUAACCUGCACACUUCCAGCAGAGAGCCAAAGAACCAGAAAGCGCUUUCACAACCCAGGAUCACUUCCAACAUCUCCUCACCACGCCUUACUGAGGGGUCAGAGGGAGGUUGUGUCCGAGCAUUUCAGACCCUCUCUCCCGGCUCCCAGCUCUAAGCAGGGACUGGUGAAAGCCCAGCGCCCCAUCUAAGGGAGCAAGAUACAGUAGUCUCACGCAAAGGGGGAGGGCCAAUCCUCCACCUUCCUCUUUCCCCAAACAUUUGCCAACUUCCUCUCAACCCUGUACCUCCUCCCUCUCCUGCAUGGCUGGCUGACUGACAGCACCCUAGGGAAGCGGAUGGCUUAGGGCAUUUAGAGUGGGCCAGAACCAAGCAGCAGGGAGCAGGCUGGACUCUGUCCAAACAGAUUUCACUGUGCGUGCCUCCCUUGAUAGAGAAACACAGAGAGAGAGAGAGAUUCCUCCCCCUACCAAGAGCCCUGCCAAAGUGACCCUUCCUUUAGGUGGGAAAACACUCUGCACUGAGGGCAGAGGGAGCAGGAGCAAGUGGGUUAAAGGCCCUUCCCUGAGGGAGCAGCUGAGCCCUGCAGGCUCAGGCCUCUCUGUCUCUCACGCUCCUGGCAAGGCUGGCUGGGACCAGUUUCUCACUCCACCUAGCUCCCCGGCUCAAGCCCCGCUGGCUCCCAGACAGGCGGGACUACAUGGCAGAACUUCAAUAACUUGCAAGUGGGGGCCUGGGAAGUAAUAUGGACUUCAGCUGAACUGGGCUUGGACUAGCUGAUGUUUUUAGGAGAGAGGCCCAGGACCUCUGGUUGGCUGAGGAACAGUAGUUUUUGGAACUUUGCACUACUGAAUAAACUGAUAUUGGACUUUAGGGGACUGUACCCCAGGUUUAGGCUCUUGGGCUUUGUAAGCCAAGCUAGGCCUGGGAUAGAGUAGAACACACCAAAGCGAUCUCAGAGAACACUGGCACCUGUGGAUCCUGGUAGCAGCAAGGCUAGAACCCUUCUCCCUCUCCCCUCAAAGUCUAUACACCCAGACUUCCUAUCCCAUCCAGAACGUUUCAGCUUCUACUGGGACUUCAGAAUUCCUCCUGGCAUGCUAAUCCCUUUUAGUUCCUUCCCACUCCUGGCAGAGGGCACUAGGCAGCUUGUGUCUUCAGCAGCCAUAGCAGUUCAGAUUCAAAGUGGUCAGACAUUGGGGAAAUGCCCCCCUGCCCUAUCACAUUCCUUAGGGACAGGCUGGGUGCCAUCGUGGGUGAGCAGACUGGUCCCAGAGUUGUCCUCAGGGAAACUUUUGGAGCAGGGGCAACGGGGCCAACUGCCCAAAUUUAGCCAACUAUCCCAGUCUCAGCAGCUCAGGUCCUCCUGAAUCCAUCUCUUCCUCCUCCAGGGCCACACCCCAUUUGGCAGCAGGCACUGAUCCUGUUUAGGUAACGGCGGAUGCUGUUAAAGCCCUGAACCUCCAGCCCUCAUCGAAAGGCAGGAAAAAAACAAAUAAAAAACAUUGGAAGACUCACCAGGACAGGGGCCACUCCAUUCUCUGCAUAAGAGCCCCAUCCCAAUAAACAUACUUUACA